GUCUGCGAGUGUAUCACACCAGGAGAGGUCGGUGUCGCCCUGACAACAACCUAUCUUACAGCCUCACUCGUGUGUAAUGGUCACUUCACGUGCAUCAACAGGUGUCCGUUCGGCUACCAGACUGGACAUAACGGCUGUCCAUCGUGCCAGUGUCUACUGCCUGUAGCAGGAAAGACACCGGCAGCCACCGGAAGCUUGACAAACGCCAUAACCGGAAGUGGACAGAGUUCCCCACACACUGGUGUUGCUAUAGUGCCUAGUAUUGUUGCAAUGGUACCUGCUUCAGGACAGCACAUCCCUCACCUACCGUCGUCAGGUUCACCUGCUGUAACCGGAACCGGAAACGUUGGUCACUCAUCAGGGAAUAGUCUUCCGCAUUUACCGUCGCCAGGUACGGGACAUAACGUGAUUGGUUCUCACGUGGCGGGGAGCCCAGCCGUGGCGGGAACUACCGACUGUGUUGGCCCAUCAUGCUCAGCUCCGAACGGUCUUCACAUAUUUGCCAAAGAACAUGCGAAGAAGUUGUCGCCGAACCAGUGCGCCAAUAUCCUGACAUGCGUGAUGACGUGUACAUACGGGUACAAACUCGGGGAUAUGGCGGACAACGGAUGCCCGGAGUGCGCAUGUCUCCAAUGAUCCAAUUCCGGGUUACAUUUCAAUAAAAAAUAUACUUUUGAA